AUGGCGUCCCUCAAGUCUUCCCUGUUUUACGGCGCCGCAGCCGUCAAUCUUCUCAUCAUUCCCAAGCACCUCAAGGUCGGUGCAACCAAUGUCUCGAGCGCUAUUCAAACCAUCCCCGAAGACUCCCCAGUCGUGAAGAGGGGCAAGGAGGUUGUCCGAACUGCAUGGGACCUGACGAAUGGAAGCCUGGUAAUUCUCGCUCUCCUGAAUUAUCGUUGGGCCAAGGCGGGUGGACCUGGAUCUUUGGAGGAGAAGCUGAUGAUAGUGGCGAGUGCCCUGUCAGGAUGGUAUGUGGGAGUGCAAUACUUCAAGAUUGGAAUGUAUAUCCCUCUUAGCGUUCUCUGGGUUGCGCCAGUUGCCAGUUUGGUGGCUUGGUUGUGCUAA